AUGAACUCAUUAGUUACCUAUUUCCGUUUUCUUUAUUCAGUUUUAACUGCUAUGUCAAAUGCAAUUAAUGAUUCAGAAUGCAUCAUCUUAUGUAUGUCGGAUUCGUAUAAACGCAGUAGCGCUUGUCAAAGUGAAGCCUCCUAUGCAUAUAAGCUUAAACGACGUAUGAUCCCAUUAAUAAUGAGAAAAGAAUUCAAACCUGAUGGUUGGUUACAAGUCCUGAUUGGAUCACGAUUAUAUAUCAACUUCGGUCGACUGACGUUCGAUGAAGCAUGUCAACGUUUGAUGAAAGAAAUUAAUGCACUAAAACGAGUGCCUAUACUACCAGAAAAAGUUGUUAAUGAUACAGAUAAUAGAGCAACUAAAGAGCAACCUUCUGUAACUGUAAAAGCAAAAGAAAGUGAAAAACCAUCACCGAGAGAAAAUACUGUAUCCUCAAUAAUCAAAACUCGAAAACCGACAUUGGAUUUUAUUCGAAAGCCAAUCCUUGAGUGGUCUGAAUUAGAUACGCAAGACUUUCUUGCAGCUAAUCGUUUGAAGCAACUACUACCAUUAUGUGAGGAGAUGGAUGGUCGAGCAUUAAUGGAACUAUACAACAUUAGUAUCAAUAAUAAACUUCCCGGUUUUCAUCUUAUCAAAAGUGAAUUGACAAAUAUGCAUAAUGCAUCAUUCUCUUUGAGUGCUUAUUUUGGGUUUUUAUCUGCAAUAGAAGAAGUCAUCAUAAAUUCUUCACAAGAAUUAACACCAUUACUGCCAACAACAACAGAAACAACUACUAACGGUACUUUGACGACAUUAGGCACAUUCACUCCAUUUGGUGUUGCUCCGAAGUUCGAAAAGUCCUAUGAUUUUUCAAUUAUUUCAAACGCACACCCUUUAGAAAUGUUAAAACUGGUUGAAUCUCAUGGUAGUUCAUUAUUAAUUCUCGAUCUGUUACGUCGACAAUUUCCAUAUGUAAAUUAG